UAUGUGGAUCCGCGUGUGACUGGAUCUCAUGAGAAACGGUACUUGUUGAGUUGUAAACGUCUGUGGGGUAGAAUCUUGUCUCUGAAUAAGAAUUAAUAACAGGAGGGUAUGGGUCUUGGUGAGUGGUGUGACUUGUGAACCAGAAACAACACCCAAUCUCCGCCGUGUCGCCUCUUUCAAGCCCAACGCCAAGGCCAGCCACCGCUAACGUUGUUAAUUGUUACUCUGUAAAGGGGCGAUUAUGGGGUUAUCCGGCGGCGACAAGAAAUACCGCCGGAGCCCCAAAACUCCUCUCCUCCCCCAAAAGCACGAAGAUUUUGGACCCGUCGAGGUAGGAUUCGAUGGAGCGUCCUUCUCCGGGGCUGUUUUCAACCUGUCGACAACCAUCGUCGGCGCCGGUAUCAUGGCACUACCGGCGAUCAUCAAACAAUUGGGGCUCCUUCCUGGUCUGGCUAUGAUAAUCUUGGCUGCCUUUUUGACUGAGUUGUCUAUUGAAAUGAUCCUGAGACCCGCACGCUCCUCCAAGACAUCUUCGUAUUCAGCGGUUGUCGGAGACGUGUUCGGAGGGGUAGGCCGAACGCUCUUACAGCUGUGCAUCAUUGUGAAUAAUCUCGGCAUGCUUGUCGUUUACAUGAUCAUCAUAGGGGAUGUGCUAUCAGGAACAUGGUCGGAAGGAAUCCAUCACACAGGGGUGAUGGAAGGAUGGUUUGGUAGCCGUUGGUAUAGUUCACGCUUCUUCAUGCUGCUUCUCACCACUCUUCUUGUCUUUGCUCCCUUGCUCUCCUUCAAGCGUCUAGAUUCGUUGAGAUACACAUCUGCAUUAUCAGUUGCUCUAGCAAUUAUAUUUGUUGCCAUAACAAUGGCGGUGACAAUCCUCAAGAUGGUGAAUGGAAGUAUUGGAAUGCCGCGUUUGCUACCCAGAAUUGAAGAUCAAGCUUCUUUCUGGAAACUUUUCACCACCAUCCCUGUUCUCGUCACUGCCUUCAUCUGUCACCACAAUGUACACCCGAUAGAGAACGAGCUGAAAGAUCAAACCCAGAUGAAGUCAAUCGUCCGGACAUCACUGGCUCUGUGUUCUUCCAUUUACAUAGCGACCAGCUUAUUUGGGUUCUUGCUCUUCGGGGAGGAGACGCUGGAUGAUGUUCUAGCCAAUUUCGACGCUAACCUGGGAAUCCCAUAUGGGUUAGUCAUAAACGACCUUGUGAGGAUCAGCUACGGUCUUCAUCUGAUGCUUGUCUUCCCAACUGUCUUCUUCUCUCUCCGUCUCAAUGUACAUGGCCUCCUCUUCCCCCAUGGCUUCCCUAUUGCCUACGACAACCGGAGAUUCGUGUCCAUCACGGUGGGUCUCAUGGUUAUUGUCUUCCUUGGGGCUAACUUCGUUCCCAAUAUAUGGGAUGCCUUCCAAUUCACUGGAGCCACGGCUGCUGUCUCCAUUGGUUUCAUUUUUCCUGCUGCCAUUGCUCUUAGGGAUCAUUCUUAUGGAAUGUCUUCAAAGAAGGAUAGAGUAUUAUCGUGGGUGAUGAUCUUGUUGGCUGUGUCUUCGAGCACAGUGGCCAUCUCCUGCGACAUCUACAGCUUGUUUAAUGACCACACCUUUAGCUAGUUCCCUCAUGGAUUGAAUGAUGAGCUUCUUUCGGUUCACACAUGAACAAAACAUUUGAGUCUCUCAGAGGAUAUGCACAUGCUAGUAGGCAACACAAAUACCCACUACUCCCAGGUGCCAUUACUUUGGGUUUUUCCUACCCUUCUCUCUCUUCUACCCCCCCCCCCCCCCCCCUUUUCUGUUUUAAAAUUUUCUUUUAGGAUGUAGAAAAAAAAAAUUUGAGUAAAAAAUAAAAGGUUCUGUUACCUCUAUCUUUUUUGUCUUUUUUUUUUCUAUACAUUUCUUUAAAACUCUGUAGAUUAAUUUGGUGAAGGAGUUCUAUUAGAAGGGAAAUACAUUUACAUUCUUGAGAGAAAGCAGAGGUGGCUUAUCAAUUAGAUUUUUCAUACAAAGUGCAUAGGCAAAUGGGGAAGGAGGUGGGGUUCUAAAUCCAAACUCAGUGAUCAUGCAUGUUGUAUGAUUAUGAAUUGCAUGUAAUUUAUUCAACCAAAAAAAAAAAAGAUUGCAUGUCACUUGUAUGUUAUUUUUCUCUAUGCAUAGUGCAUAAAGUUUAUAUGAUUCAUCACAAAGUUUAUCUUAUCCCUUGAUUCCUUACUGUAAAUUAUUGAUUGUUUUCUUCUUUUGUUCUGAGCUAAUGACAAUGAUAACCAAGUAAAGUUUCUACAAUGUAGCUCUA